AUAAGAAUCAGUCGUAAAAUUUGUGGAAUUUCGAUCAUAGCGACGUGCAUUGAGGAAUUUUUUUCUCAUUAUUUCUCAAUGAACUAGCGACUGGAAACUGGAAUACAUAUAUGAAUACAUUUGUACUCUGUAUCGUCUGUGUACUCUGCAUCCUCUGUAUACUCUGUACAGCAUGCAUAUGUAUGUAAUUAUGUGUCUACAGAUGUAUGUUUGUUUGAAACAAUUGACAAACAACGAAGCCGCAAUGUGCUCGUGCUCUUCUCUUCAGGUUCAGUGUCUUUCGAGUCUAUGUUGAUAAUCCAUUUGUGUAAGCAUCGUUGCAAGCUAAGAAAGCAUUGACUAACACGAUUUUCAUUAAGAAUGUCCGAAACUAUACAAGGAGUAUGCCUGCUGAUGUGUCCAGAAAAAGAACGCUGGAUCAGAGAAAGAGAAGGCCUGUUGCAUAGAUUCGAAAUCGACGAGAAUACCAAGGAAAUGAAAUUUCCAAAGGCAGAUCCAAUGAAAACUAUAAAAUGCUUCAGUAGACCGGCAGCAGGAUUGAACAUGACCGAUCCGCAUCAAUUGCGACCUGCUUCUGUUCUUCUUUCUACUGUUAGAUACUUAUUUACAAGAAUAGCUACGAGAUCAGACGUGGACUGGGUAGUGAUAUACGAUUUCAUCUUUGAUCGGCUGAGAGCUAUUAGACAGGACACUGCUAUUCAAAGGAUCGACGCUCAUACGAAUAUUCAGUUGUUGGAACAGAUAGUCAGAUUCUUAGUUUACUCCUCGCAAAGAUUAUGUGAACGGCCUUUGGUUGAAUUUAAUGCAAAGAUCAACGACCAACACAUUGGCGAGUGCAUAAGAAGUUUAAUAGCUUUGUACGAUACGCAAACGAUGACUGAUAGUGAUGAACUGAAUUCCUCUUUGGGAAUUCUCGCAAAAUGUAUGGGGGAGUUGAGUUUGAACGCUGACCGUCAGCAAAUGGAAGCAUUAUAUAUCCUUUUGAACAUUGGUGACACUGAAGUUUUAAAGAGAGCUAUACGGCUUCCUCUCAAUUUGCGAAGAUCGAUGGAAGUGCAUCUGGCACUGGAAAUAUCGUUCGCAUGGUAUUUACGAAAUUACGUCCGGGUCUGCUCUCUGAUCCCGAGGCUUCACCCGAUACUCAUUUGCGCGGCUAUGACUAACAUACAAAAAUUGAGGAGAACAGCAUUGAAAGUGAUGAGCUUAGGGUACAACAGUAAAGUUCUCACAUUCCCUGGGCUUAAGUUGCAACAACUAUUGCUGUACAACGAUAUAGACAAGGUUCGAGCAGAUUGCGAGCUAUUCGGUCUUACGUUCACCGAACAGAAUAUCUUGUUCCAAAAAACGAAUUUCAAUGAUAACGUUGAACUGGCACACCCGGAGAUGUACUAUUCGCAACGAUGUUUGCACAGUUUCUUACCGCGUAUCUUACUCGAUGCUUGAACCAUGUACACGCACACGCUGUACGUAUUCAUAUACACUUCUGUAUAUAAUAUAAAUAAUGUCUGUGAUGCAAUAUCUAUUAUAAAAACGUUUCGCGUGGAGUACUCAAACUUGUUAUGGAUGGCAAUAAAAUUAACAUUUUCUUAA